CACAGGCACUUGUAAUUUGAGAUACUUUUUAUAGUAUAGGCGAGGUUAUGUUAAGUUUUUAAAGCAUGAUAUUUUACAUCCCAGAUAAUUUUGAUUGACAAGAGGUGAAAACAAUUUGUUGACAUGUCUUUGUUGGGGAGAAACAGCUUUGUUAGAUCAUGUUUACCUGUUUUGAUAGGGAUCUGCAUGGGUAUAGCCUUAAACAUGAUGGUGGCACCAUUUCUUGAUGAUCUGUGUGAUCCCAUAGAUACAAAGGAUACAGAAAGUUUAAUUAAAUUACGAGAAACAAAGAUGGUCCAUGAGCUAGAUACUAAAAACAAGGACCAAGAACCAGGAAAAGGUGAAGCGAAUGAGCAAGAGACUGAAUCAGAUGGGAAUGAUUUCUACAUUCAUGAGCAAAAAUAUCAGCGUGAAGAAAUGAAUGAUGGUAAAAAAUUUGUUCGACCAAGAUUUGCUUCAACUGAACUUGGUAUAAGAGAAAAGCUGUUUGUUGGAGUAUUGUCCACCCCUCACACAGUCAAUUCCUUUGGAAUGGCACUGAAUAAAACAUUUGCACAUUAUGUUACAAAAACAGUUUUCUUUACAAAUGGUAAAAGUGGAUUGCCUCCCCCUGGGAUGCAAGUCAUUAGUUUUCCUGAUCAGGACCAUAAGAAACUUCCAAUACACGCACUUAAAUACAUAAAGGAACAUUAUGCAAGUACAUUUGAUUAUUACUUAUUCAUCACUGAUCGUACUUAUAUAAGAGGAGAAAAACUUUAUGAACUUGUUGGACACAUCAGUAUCAGUGAAGAGGUACAUAUGGGAGCCAUAUUACAUAGAGGUGACCAAAGAGACAUGUGUACACUUGACGGUGGUGUUAUUCUUUCACAGAAUGUUUUAACGAAAGUAUAUCCUAAAAUAGAUUCCUGUUUUUUGAAGUCUGAACAGAACCCAAGCCUAGCAUUUGAAGCUUGUAUUUUACAAACUGCCAAUUCAAAGUGUUCAGAAAAAGGAGGGGAUAAAAACUUUCGAUCUUAUAAAGUAGAUGAUUUUGAAUUUGAUGAUGACAUUACAAGUUUACGUAACGAUGCCAUGUUUAACAGUUCAUUCGCAAUAUAUCCAAUGCCAGAUGAUAUAUCCCUGUAUAAAAUACAUAGAUAUUUUUGUCAGUUGGAAAUCAACCUUACUCGUCAAGAAAUUCAGAAAGCCAAGGACAGUAUUAUUGGUUUGAGUGAAUUUGCACCAGGUGGAAAAGGUUCUCUUCAGUGGCCAAUAGGUGUGCCAGAAGCCUUUAAACCAAACACAAGAUUUGAUAUACUACAGUGGUCCUACUUCACAGACACACAUAUAUACUUUAAUGAUGACUUUACCAACGUUAGACCAUUACAAGGAGCUGACAAACAAGAUAUACAAGAAAUUCAACAGAUAGCGUUUGACAGAUUAACCAGCAAUUAUGGUGACAAAUUCAAACAGUUUAAACUUAUAAACGGAUACAGAAGAUUUGAGCCCUCAAGAGGCAUGGAAUACACAUUAGAUUUAGAACUGUAUGGGAAACAUAGACAUGAAAAGACAGUACAGAAACGAGUUCAUUUACUCCGUCCUUUAGGUAAAGUGGAAAUUGUCCCCAUGCCAUAUGUGACAGAAAAUUCUCAAAUACAUUUAAUCUUGCCUGUGUAUGAAAGUGAUGUUGGAGAUUUUGGGAAUUUUAUGGAAGGAUUUGCAAAAACAGUCUUAGAAACAAGCGAUAAUUCCUAUCUUUAUGUUAUAUUUGUGUAUGAGAAGAAGGAGGGGAAAAGUGGUGAUCCUUUUGCUGUUGCCAAAAGUGUAAUAGAUUACCAUCUAAAUAACCAUCCCAGUAGAAAGGGUACUGUCACAUGGAAGGUGUUAGAGACUUCUGAUAGGUCAGAAAUAGCUCUACUGGACUACGUUGUCAGAGAUUUACAAUCUGGAGAUCUAGUAAGUGUUUGUAGUGUCGGUAUGGAAAUGGACAUUGAUUACUUGAAUCGAGUCCGUAUGAACACCAUACCAAAUGUUCAAGUCUUUUUUCCUAUUAGUUUCUGGCAAUAUAAACAGAAUAUAGCAUAUGAACAGUCCCCCUAUCCACCUGGUGUUGAGCUCGGUCAGAAAUAUGGUCAUUUUGACGUUGAUUCCUAUGAACACAGCUCAUUUUACAUGUCUGACUAUAUGAACAGUAGGAAACAUGUGCCACCAAGUGAUACAAGAAAAACUUCAUUAAUAGACAUAUUCUUAAACAUUCAAAAUCUCCAUGUCUUCAGAGCUGCUGAACCUUCACUCAGAAUUCGUUGGAAAUUGCUUGAUUGUCCAGUCACAGAUGAUGAGAAGUUACGAUGUAAUAAAAGAAAAUCACAAAGUUUAGCUAGCCGUUCACAGCUUGCAAAAGCAGUGUUUGAUUACAGUGAAAAGAAACAUUUAUCUGUAGACAAGGUUAUCAAAUCUGCCAAACACCAUACAGAUACCAUCGAUUAAAAAAUCUAUUUGAUAUCAUACAUAGAAUUUUGGUUCUUUCUUGCUAUUGAAUAUAAUAAGAGGUAAUUUUCAAUCAUCGUGAUCAUGAAAUUUCUUAAGAAUAGUAGUACUUAUAAAAGAAUUGCUACCAGCUUUGCUUUUUGCCAAUCUGCAAAAUAAAAAUUGCAAAACUAUUAUGCUUCAAUUGAUUCAAACAAAACUGGCUGAUCAUGAACUACAAGUACAAAAAUAGUUUAAAAGUUAACAAUUGGGUUGCUGUCCCAUAGAUAUAUAUCCAUAUUUCUUUUUAAUUGUCUAUAUUUGAAGAACCUUCUACAAAUUUCAAAAUUAUUACAUAAACAAUUAGUUUCAAAGUUACACAGUAUGAUUUUCUUUGUUACUAAGUUGCCAUCGGUUUUUAAAAUCACAUUUUAGCCCUCUACCUUUUUUCCAUUGUACAUGCAUGUAUGGUGACACAUGUGUUUGUUAGAGAGGCAAAUACAUUGUACCUGC